AUGAAGGCCGCAGCAGCAUUCGCGCUCCUCGUAGCUAGCGCCCAGGCCGCUCCGCAUUACACGUUCCCGAAGCUCGCGGGCACAUCGGACUGGAGCUCCGUUCGGCAGACGGCAAACUUCCAGUCGAAUGGGCCUGUGACCGACGUCAACUCGGAUGCUAUUCGUUGCUACCAGCGGGCUGCCGGCGGCGCCCCUGAUACCACGCAGGUCAAGGCCGCCCUUUCGGCAUACAUGGCCAAGGUCCCGUCCGGCAAGACCGCCGCCGAUUUUGACGGCAGCGGAAACGUGUGGUUCAAGGUAUACCAGGACAUGCCCACGGCGUCGGGCGGACAAUACACUUGGCCAUCAAACGGAAAAUCCGAAAUCAGCUUCACCAUCCCGCAGUGCCUAGCGGAGGGCGACUACCUGUUCCGGAUCGAGCACGUGGCCCUGCACUCGGCGUCCGCGGCGGGCGGCGCGCAGUUCUACAUCUCGUGCGCGCAGGUGCACGUCAGCGGCGGCUCGGGGUCUGCGCAGCCUGGGGGGCUAGUUUCGUUCCCCGGCGCGUACAAGGCGACGGACCCGGGCAUCAUGAUCAAUAUCUACAACAACGGCGGCAAGGAGUACCAGCCCGCGGGGCCGAAGGUGUUUACUUGCUAG